GCGAUGGCGCUGAAGAUGGUGAAAGGGAGCAUCGACCGCAUGUUCGACAAGAACCUGCAGGACCUGGUGCGGGGCAUCCGCAACCACAAAGAGGACGAGGCAAAGUACAUCUCGCAGUGCAUCGAUGAGAUCAAGCAAGAGCUGAAGCAGGAUAACAUUGCAGUGAAAGCAAAUGCUGUUUGCAAGCUUACCUAUCUGCAAAUGUUGGGUUAUGACAUCAGCUGGGCUGCCUUCAAUAUUAUCGAAGUCAUGAGCGCAUCAAAGUUUACCUUUAAAAGGAUUGGAUACUUGGCCUCCUCUCAGUGCUUCCACGAAGGAACGGAUGUCAUCAUGCUGACGACCAACCAGAUCCGAAAGGAUCUCAGUAGCCCUAAUCAGUAUGAUACUGGAGUUGCACUGACCGGUCUGUCCUGUUUCGUGACUCCAGAUUUGGCUCGAGACUUGGCAAACGAUAUCAUGACCCUGAUGUCUCACACCAAGCCUUACAUCAGGAAGAAGGCAGUGCUAAUCAUGUACAAAGUGUUCUUGAAAUACCCUGAAUCCCUUCGGCCUGCAUUCCCUCGCCUUAAGGAGAAACUGGAAGACCCUGAUCCCGGGGUCCAGUCGGCUGCUGUGAAUGUUAUAUGUGAGCUCGCCCGUCGUAAUCCGAAGAACUAUCUCUCCCUCGCUCCGCUCUUUUUUAAGCUGAUGACGUCCUCCACCAACAAUUGGGUCCUCAUUAAAAUCAUCAAACUGUUUGGUGCCCUCACUCCACUGGAACCCAGGCUGGGGAAGAAGCUGAUCGAACCCUUGACCAACCUCAUACAUAGCACAUCAGCCAUGUCGCUCCUCUAUGAGUGUGUGAACACGGUGAUAGCAGUAGUGUUCCCUCUAAGCUCAUCACUUGCCCAUCAUAGAGCAUCAGAACAACUGUGCGUGCAGAAGCUGAGGAUUCUCAUAGAAGAUUCAGACCAGAACUUAAAGUAUUUGGGACUGCUGGCGAUGUCCAAAAUCCUGAAAACCCACCCCAAGUCCGUUCAGUCUCAUAAGGAUCUCAUCCUCCAGUGCCUGGACGACAAGGACGAGUCCAUCCGCCUCCGCGCCUUAGACCUUCUCUACGGAAUGGUGUCCAAAAAGAACCUGAUGGAGAUAGUGAAGAAGCUGAUGAUCCACGUGGACAAAGCCGAAGGGACGACCUACAGGGAUGAGCUGCUGACCAAAAUCAUUGACAUAUGUAGCCAGUCCAAUUACCAGUACAUCACCAACUUUGAAUGGUACAUCAGCAUUCUGGUAGAGCUGACCCGGCUCGAGGGCACCCGCCACGGGCACCUCAUCGCCUCCCAGAUGCUGGACGUGGCCAUCCGCGUGAAGGCCAUCCGCAAGUUUGCCGUCUCUCAGAUGGCAAUGCUCCUGGACAACGCCCACCUGCUGGCUAGCAACACCCAGAGGAACGGGAUCUGCGAGGUGCUGUAUGCCGCCGCCUGGAUAUGCGGGGAGUUCUCUGAGCACCUCGAGGAGCCGCACCAGACCCUGGAAGCCAUGCUGCGGCCGAAGGUCACCACCCUCCCGGGCCACAUCCAAGCGGUUUACGUCCAAAACAUGGUGAAGCUUUACGCCUCGAUCCUGCAUCAGAAGGAGCAAGCCGGCGAGAAGGAGGCGGCUCAGGAGGCCACCCAGAUGAUGAUCGACCGCUUGCCCCAGUUUGUGCAGAGCGCCGACCUCGAAGUUCAAGAGAGGGCUUCCUGCAUCCUGCAGCUGAUGAAAUACAUUCACAAGCUUCAGUUAAAGGAGGUGCCGGUGGCUGAGGAAGUGAUCGCCUUGUUCGCUGGGGAGCUGAACCCUGUGGCCCCCAAAGCCCAGAAGAAAGUUCCAGUUCCGGAAGGACUUUCCUCCAUGCUGACUGCCACCUCAUCGUCUCCGAUAACAGGGACCCUCAGUGUGGUGUCCAUGGGGGCCAUGGCGCCUGCCAGCACCCUUCCUGGUGCCCAGCAAGCGGUUUUAGAGACUUUGUUGAUGCCUGGCUUCCAUGAUGAAGAGCAGCGGCACUCGCGGCACCGGCAACCUGAGAUUGACGAGGAGGAGCUAGCAAGGCGCCGAGAAGUCCGGAAGCAGGAGCAAGCAAACAACCCAUUUUACAUUAAGAGUUCUCCUUCCCCGCAGAAACGGUACCAAGAUGCCCCUGGCGUUGAGCACAUACCUGUGGUUCAGAUUGACCUCUCUGUUCCCCUAAAAGUUCCCG